CAAUUAAAUAGUUUAUCACGAUUAAAUUUUAAAUACAAUUCAAUAAUUUAGAAACUUGAUUAGGUUUAUCCUUAUAUUGAGUAAUAAACUUAAAUAUAAGACUUUCAUUAUAGUUUUUAUUUAGUAUUUUAUCUGCAAUCACCAAGUUCGCACCGCGCUUGCAACUUUAUUCAACUAGGAUGAAAUGGAAAGAUCAAAAGAGAGUUUAUGACUUCACAGAACAUUUAUCAAAGAUUAAAACUUAAGUGAGAAAUUAAAAUCCAGGACAAAAAAAGUAACCAACAUUUCUUGUUAGUAGACUUAAUUUUUUUUGGGUCAACGUUAGUAGACUUAAUUGUGCAUUAAUUAUUAUGAUGAAGUUAUGUUACAGACUUACAACUUCACCAAAAUAACGUUCAAUAAAAAGAAAAAAAAAACUUAUUACGUAAUUAGUGUUUACUUUUGGUGUUGUGAAAUUGCUAAAUUAAGGUCACCACCAAAAUAUUAGUAAUGGUUCUUGCGAGCGAAGAAAAAGGACAUGACUAUUGUCUGAUUCAACCCUUCUUCUACGAAAAACAACAACCUAACUAUAUAUUCUGUUAUGUUUUAUUGUUACUCUCUCAUUACAUUAUCUGGGAUCAAAUAUGGCUUAUAUUGAUGGGCAAGUCGGAUAUAGCGAGGAAUUUAUCGAGAAUUCAAGGGGAAUGCAACUCCUAACUUGCAAAUGGUUUCCAGUAAAUCAAGAACCAAGAGCUCUCAUUUUCUUUUGCCAUGGCUACGCAAUUGAUUGCAGCACCACCUUUAAAGAUGUUGCAUCUAAGUUUGCAAAAGAAGGAUUUGGUGUGUAUGGAAUUGAAUAUGAAGGGCAUGGAAGAUCAGGUGGCCUCAAUGUCUACAUUGAUGACUUCGAUCUUCUCAUCAAUGAUGUCUACUCACAUUUCUCCAAAAUAGCUGAAAUGGGAGAAAACCCAAAGAAGAAGAAGUUUUUGAUGGGAGAAUCAAUGGGUGGAGCAGUAGUUCUUCUCUUGCACCGCAAGAAACCGGAGUUUUGGGAAGGAGCUAUCCUUAUUGCUCCUAUGUGUAAGGUGAACAGAUUCACACAUAUCAUUACUUCAUCCAUCAUAUCUUAUAAAUCAAGAAUCAUAAACAUAUCCAAUUACAAUUGUGAUGAGAGACAGAUUGCUGAAGAGAUGAAACCACCAAAACCAGUUAUAUCUAUGAUGAACUUGGUCAUACAUCUGAUCCCAUCAUGGAAGUCGAUACUUCCAGGACCUGAUAUCAUUAACCUGGCUAUUAAACAGCCGCAUAAGAGACAAGAGAUUAAAGAUAAUCCAAAUUGCUAUAUUGGGAGGCCUCGCAUGAAGACGAUGAGCGAGCUUUUUAGAGUAAGCCUUGAUCUAGAGAAUCGGUUGCACGAGGUGACAAUGCCAUUCAUUGUAUUGCAUGGAGAAGAUGAUAAAGUUACGGAUAAAGAAGCUAGCAAACUGCUUUAUGAGGUGGCUUCCUCCAAUGAUAAGACUCUGAAGCUGUAUCCUGAAAUGUGGCAUAGCCUUCUUUUCGGGGAGCCUUUGAAGAAGUCAGAGAUUGUAUUCAAUGACAUUGUCCAAUGGAUGGAGACAAGAAUCAAUACUCUUCAAGUGAAUGCCAAUAACAACCAUGAAGCAAAAUCUCAAAUCUGAUUUUACUCAUAUUCGGUUUAGACUAUAUCUAAUAACUAAAUUUUAUUCGCUUUAUAAACUUUUUGUUUUCAAGGUUUCUGUAAAGAGGAAAAAAUGGGAUGACAUGAGAAAUUUAUGGUGUACUUUUCAACUUUAAAUUAUUAUUUUUAUUAGAAAUUAUGACAAUAUAGAUAAUUUUAUAAGGAUAGUUCUAUUAUAAAAUAUGAAAUCUGACGAUCCUAAUUGUACUUUCAUUUGCAUUAUGUCAAAGAUCUCUUGUAAACUUUAUUUUCAAUUUGGUAUAACUGUUCAUAAAUUGUUUUCAGAUUUUAAAUUCAAAAUAUUUAAUGUAAAAAGAUUAAUGAACUUUCAGUCAAACUAACUUAUUCUAGCAAAUUUAAGAAUUGAUUGAUCCAUUUUAAAUAUAUUGUUGACAUAUUUUAUUUACCUUUACCUUUUUCACCAUGCAGUAUGUAGCUUUUGCCAAUGUCUAGCAAUGCAGAAAAUGAUUAUGAAAAUUAUAAGUAGGUUAGAAGAGAAAAUGUUGAUGAAGAAGUUAUUUGAGCAUAAAAAGUUUAAGCGUUUUUUUUUCACUUACCUGAACUUUAAGCUUUAUCUUCCAACUUCAGUAUAGUUAUUUGAGCAUAAAAAGUUUAAGCGUUUUUUUUUUGUUUUCACUUACCUGGACUUUAAGCUUUAUCUUCCAACUUCAGUAUAAAUCCAUAGUAUGUUGAUGUUCUACUUGUUUUCAUUUCAUUAAAAGAAGGAAUUCUUUAAUUUGAAGACUGAUAGGCAACUGUUAGACCAGAAAGAUUUUGAAUUGGAUCUAGAACUAUAAAUGGUUUCGUCAUUAGAAGUUGAAAUUUUAGAGAGAAUCAAUGGAGUCAUUACAAAGGAUUUAAGAAUUUACUAUUUCUGAAUAGAAGUAGAUAUGAAACUAAUAUAUGGCAUUUAUCAGGAAAAGAUUAGCGGUUUCUAAAUAGUGGGAUUAUGGGCGUAGUGUGAAAAUAUUGGAUACUUUUAUUUUAUAUAUAAAAUAAUUAAAAUUAGUUUAUAGACUAAACAGUUUCUUUUGCGUUUAAAAUUUAGUUAUUUAUAUUUGUUUUUUAAAUUGUAUAGCACAUGCUAUGUGUCAAAAUCUAAUUAAUCAAGUGGCUUGUUCUUUAGUAUAUAAAGAAUAUGAUUUGUAUGCAUACAAUAUUAAUUAUAUUUAUUUUUUUACAACAAAAAUUUAUUCUAAUCCUAUGCAGAAUCCAGAUCCGAUAACCAACUCGGACAAGACUGAAUUAACAUAAACCAUAACAGAAGACAGUUCUGAGCACCACGUGUCAGCCUAAAUAUCUAUAAA